GAAUCGACCAUGUCAGACGCAGAAAGGCGUGGUGUCAAGAGAAGUUCCCGCGAACUGCAACAACAUUUACCAAGACGCCCGCAAGAAAAGGAUAGAGCUCACAACGGGACCUCAUCACAGCCACGCUCAUCUAAUAAAGGCGCUUCUGUUUUACUUCAAGAAGGCCAAUGGGCAUAAAAACAGGCCGUAAUAUCGUAAUUCCCCGAUGGACACAAUGCCGAUGGUGCAAUACAAAUAUCUCAGAAAAGGUGAAGAUGGCCAUCUACCAUUUCUGAGUAGUUUUAGUGUUUCUCUUGUAGCCUCAGAUUCUCCCUAGUUCUAUUUUAGUGAUCACAAGUUGCGCAACGAGCAAACACCUGUUGUAAAAUUUUUACGUGAACAUGUCGGACGUCGGAAAACGUGGAACGAAGCGUCCGAGAGAUGUGCAGAUACCAAGACGACCGGAAGGAAAAUUUGAAAAUGGGUCACGUUUUAACAUUACGCCAUCGAUCAUUCAGGAGAUACGACAAGGGGAAGUCCGUGGAGGAGAGGCCUCAGGUGAAAGUGGAGAAAAUGCUGGAUCCAGCCGUGGACUCAGCCGUAUAAGAAACAACCAGCCUUUGGGCAAUACAACCGAAAAGUUUUUCCAUCAAAUUCUUAGCCAUGAUCUUGUUACUCGCCCCACUGACGCCAGAUUCAGUAAAGCCGGGUCUGAAGGAUCGCAGAUCGACGUACAAUCCAACUACUUCCAUUUGACAAAAAGGCCGGACAUGAAGUUGUUGCAAUAUCGAGUUGAUUUUACACCGGAAAUCGAUCACCCUGGUGUAAAAAAAGCUCUCAUUCGAGUCCACGAGCAAAUGAUUGGAAAAUACAUUUUUGACGGGACUCUUCUCUACAAUACCACUCGUCUCCCACAACCGCUGGAAUUGAUUUCGAAACGAAAAUCGGACGACAGUGAAGUCAGAAUUACUUUAAGACUCACCAGCGAAAUACAAAAAGAAGAUCCUGUUUACACUUCCGUAACGAAUUUAAUUUUGCGACGCUGCAUGUCGAUGCUCAACUUGGUGAUGAUACGACGCAAUUUUUACGACAAAGAAGCCAGGGAAGACGUUCCGAAUCACCCGAUAACAAUUUGGCCUGGAUACUUGACAACGAUUCGGCAUCACGAACAAGAAUAUUUCAUGAACGUGGAAGUCAUCAAUAAAUUUCUUCGCAGAGACACUGCUUACGACGUGAUGGACAAAAUGCGUCUUGCCAACACAGAUAACCUACAAGAACGAAUUAAAGCCGAGCUGUUGGGCAAAAUCGUGAUGACGGGCUACAACAACAAAACGUACAGGAUCGACGACGUCGAUUUUGUCAACAGAGCCGAUUCGACAUUCCAUUUGAAGAAAGAAGAUAGAGACAUUAGUUACAUAGAAUAUUACAAGAAUCGUUACCAGCAAAACAUUCGAUUUCCGAAUCAGCCGAUGCUCGUGUCAAGACCAUCACGUCGUGAUAUCAACGGCUGUGCCAAUCAAAACAUCGAACCCCAGGCCAUCUAUCUCGUCCCAGAGUUGUGCGGGAUGACGGGUCUUUCAGCCGAGCAAAGGGAUAAUAAUAAUUUGAAGAAGGCUAUUUCUACAAUUACUCGCGUCACACCUGAUAGGAGGGUAGAAACUUUACUGAAAUUCCGUCGCCGGUUAACCAACAGUCCGGAAAUUCAACGAGAGCUGACGAGCUGGGGUCUUCAGUUUGCAAACGAUCUCGUAACUUGCAAGGCCAGAAUUUUACCAGCCAAACCUCUAAUGACAGGUGCUGGCCGGAUCAACAUUAGGGAAGGCGAAUGGAGCAGCGAUAUGCAAAGAAACAAGAUGGCCGUCUCGGCUGAAUUUAAGGAAUGGAUCGUCAUACUUCCAAGCAGAAUGAACCAACAAGUAAGACAUUUUGUCAAGUCGAUUCAACAAGUCGGCCUUCCUCAAGGAUUUAACGUGCCGGAACCUCGCUAUGUUGCUCUGGAAAGGGAACAAACAAGCGAGUACAUCAAUGCUAUGCGGGACAAUGUCUCCCAGAGAGACUACGAUAUUGUUAUGUGCGUGUUGCGGACUAAUCGAACGGACACGUAUUCGGCCAUCAAGAAAUACACCUUUUGCGAAAGGGGUAUCCCCUCACAGGUAAUUACAGGUCGAAUUAUUGAAGGAAACCAGGGGAAAUUAAUGUCGGUAGCUACAAAAGUGAUGACUCAAAUUGCCUGCAAGUUGGGAGCUGAACCUUGGAAAGCGCAAGUGCCAAACAAGCCAUGGAUGAUUGUCGGUUAUGACACGUUUCACGACGCCGCACAAAGAAAAGCCGUUGGGGCGUUCGUGGCUUCAACCAACGACAGUUUCACGCGUUACAAUUCGUCCGUCAAAAUCCACUCGGCCAACGAAGAGAUUUCACCGAGUUUCCAAGAUCACAUGCUCACCUCGUUAAAAGCUUACUACAUGGCCCAAGUGGAAAACAAAAGCAAAAUACUUUUACCAGAAAAUAUAAUCGUCUAUCGUGACGGCAUUGGAGCCGGGGAUAUCCAAACUGUCCUCGAUAUCGAACUCGGUGGCAUCAAGGAAGCUUGUAAAAAAGCGGCAAUGAUUACGAAAACGGGCCAUUACGAUCCCGGCAUUUCGUUCGUGAUUGUCAGCAAGAAAAUCAACACUCGUUUCUUCUUGAAAAGGAGAGACGCGUUCGGGAAUCCACCGUGCGGGACGGUGGUCGACAACACGGUGACGCUCAGCGAACGCUUCGAUUUCUUCCUGGUGUCGCAGAAAGUCAAUCAGGGUACGAUUUCGCCAAUCAAUUUCAACGUCAUCUAUAAUUCGUCCAACAUUACGCCGGAUAUUCACCAAUCGUUGGCCUAUGCUUUGACUCACGUUUACUUCAAUUGGCCGGGUACAGUACGAGUUCCGGCUCCAAUCCAAUACGCCCAUAAAUUAGCGUAUUUGAUUGGCGAGAGAACUCAGCGGAUGCCGCUAGACAACUUGGCAAAAUACCCCUAUUACUUGUGAAAUGCUUCCAAAAACAUUUCCAUUACUUUCGUUUAAUAAAAAAAAAAAAUGGAUUAAAAAGUUUUCUAUUUUAAUGUCCGGGGCGCAAAAUACUAAAAGAGGCGUAAAAAUGUAACGUGUUGGAAAAAGUGUAUCUCUACUUUAUCUUUUUAAGUUUCAAAGCUAUUACUUGGGGUCUAUUAACUGAUUUCCGGUUUGGGGAGGGACCAUCAACGGUGCAGUCAAAUAAGGAAAGAUCCGCUUCCGUCCAAAAAGCCAAAAGAAAGAUACAGAAUAGGUGGGCAGCUGCUAUUUGCUAUGGGGGAAACGAGGGGUGUUUUAAUUGAGACAAUCAUUAUAGCUACUAUACAGAACAUAAACACUUCCUUCCUUUUCGUUCCCAUGAGUCAUGCCCUACUGAAUAGAACUACAUAGAAACCGCAUAGAAAAAUUCUAUGAUGUGUUCCUCUUAGACAUCAGAAAAACAUGGCAAAGACAAAAAGUACAAUCGACACAAGUGCCUUCGUAAGAUGCGUCAAUAUUAGUACAUUUUCGACCAUCCCAUCGAGACCAUAUUCCCUUUGCACAGCGCAAUUUUAUUAGGAACCAACGAAAGAAAUUGGUCUGCGAAAAGGUGUCACUUUUUUCCGGAAAUGACACCUUAACAAAACAAAACAAGAAAUCGCAAAAUUUCUGAGAACUACCCUUUCAAAUUACGUUUCCAGUUAGUUGGCCACC